AAGAGCUCAUAGUUCAUCAGGCUCAGGAGGAGCUGCGUUUGUGCAUGAAAGAGGAGCAGACAAAAUUUUCUGUCAUGGAUGAUUUUGUUCAGAACAAAUUAACUGAAUGGAAUCUCAGCAAUCUCAUAACAACAUUUGAGGCUGAAGACAUUGAUGAGGGAAAUAUUUGCGAUCUUCAAGAUGAUACUAUUAGGGAGCUUAUCCCAAAAGCUGGACCAAGGGACCAUUUCAAGGCUAAACUCAAUUUGUUAAGGGAAGAACAAAACAAAACAAAUCAGGAGCAUGAAGAAGCAGCUGAUUCUGCUCAGGUUUUGCCAUCCACCAGUGGCACAAAUGAUAAAGGAAAGAGAAAGUGUGAUCAUCUGGGCGAGUCCAGCAACUGCCAACCUCUCACUACCAAACGACCACGAAUCACUACAGCACAAUCAUCAAAUCAGGAACAGUACAUACUGUGUCUUGUGAAGGACAUCAUGACAGCUGUACAUCACAAAAUACCUAAGGACGAUAAGCUCAGUACAUUCCUGAAGGAUAAAAUCGAUGAAAAAAUCAAGGAUUUGGAGAAUGACAAAAAGGAGCUGGUCGGUAUCUUUGGUAAAACUGGGGCUGGAAAGAGCUCUUUGAUAAAUGCUGUCAUUGGAAAGAAGAACCUUCUGCCUUCAGGAAGCAUCAGUGCAUGUACCUCAGUCAUGAUUAAAGUGGAGGCCAACAUGCAAAGUGAAAACUAUGAGGUGGACAUUGAGUUCAUCACAAAAGAGGAGUGGCACAAUGAGGUGCAUACAUUUCUUGGCCGAGAAACAGUUCUGGAAGUGUACGAUGAAAAGCUGUCAGCGAUGUAUGGAGAUGAAUGGAAAAACAAAUCCUCUGAAGAACUCAUGGAUGACAAGUAUUUCGAAGAAAUUAAAGAGUUUAUCUCUUCGAAGACUCCCAAGAAUUUGAAAUGUGGAUCAGCUGAAGAGCUGUCUGAGGCAUAUGUCACAUUCGCCAGCAGUGGAGGAAAGUAUUGGCCACUAGUGAAGUAUGUGACUGUCAAGGUGCCGAAAAAGGAUCUUCUCCAGCAUGUCACACUUGUGGAUCUUCCUGGAACUGGUGACCGUAACAAGAGCAGAGAUGAAAUGUGGAAAGAAGUAAUAGGAAGUUGUUCUACUGUGUGGAUUGUGACUGACAUCAAUCGAGCAGCAUCAGAGAAAGAACCCUGGGAGAUCCUGGAACGUACCUGUAGCCUCAUGGGAAAUGGUGGCCAGUGUCAGCAGAUUCACUUCAUCUGCACCAAGACAGAUCUAAUUGAUAAAGAUGAAAAGCCAGCAGCUGAUGUCUGUGCUGAAUCCAAGGAAGAAGUGAGAAAACGCUUCAGAAACCUACCCAAGGUUGAGAGACAUUUUGGUCAUGGUGACUAUUUCAAAGUGUGCACAGUGAGCUCCACAGAGUUUCUGAAGAAAAAUCGUCUAGAACCAGAAAAUGAAAUACCCAAACUUCAGAAGUUUUUGCAAAAUCUCAAUGACUGUCACUCAGAGACAAAAAACUAUGUGUCUGGAGCUCUUGGGAUUCUCUCUCUGAUUCAAGGGACCCGCAGCAGAGAGCCUGGCAAGAAAGCAGAGGUGUGCAACGAGCUUGAGGAGAAGAUGAGGCGUGAACUUGAAAAAAUCAAAAGAACCAUGGAGGAGGCUCAUAAGGCUCUUGAAAAAUGCCUCAGUGAGGGCGUUGAAACAUCAAAAGGAACAAGUGAACGUGUCUUGAGGCCCAUCAGAGAACAUGAUGACAAGGGGGGUUUUUACAGGAUACUGAAGUGUGCAGUUGAGAGAAAUGGCUCCUACAAAUCACAAAAAGCAGACAUAGAAAUAGACCUUAAUAAUGACAUAGCUUCAUGUCUGACUGACUGCAUUGAUGAGGGAUUCAACAAGACCUUCCCAAAUGAUGGAAAAACUGGACCAUUCUAUGGGGCCAUCAAUGCGUUUUCCCUUGACACAGAGAGGCUGAAACAAAAGUACAAAGAUGUUGAACUGCAACUGACAUUUCUCAAGACAGAGGAAGAAACAAUUAAGAUGGAAAUCAACAAAUGUGUUCAGAAAGAAAAGAAAAAAGUCUACAACAGUGUGUAUACAACAAUCGAUGAAGUCAUGAAAGAAUGCUAUAAAAAAGCAGCAGCAUGUAGUGGACAGGGCAUGCUGCAGAGGAUGAGAGACAUUAUUGAAACGCAUGUGCUAGAUCCAAAGAUGUUUGAGCGGGCUAAAGAUGUGAUGCUGAGUAAGCUGACAGCCUUGAAGGAGAAAAGUCUGAAGACACUGGAGGAAACAAUGCAGAAAUCAAUCGAGAUGUCAAUCAAGACAGCUGGUGACUCAAUUCCCGAUGUAACACAUGAGCUUGUGUUUGUGGGGAAAUGCUACAAUAAACUGAACGAGAGCUCAGAUGAAGAAACGUCACUCAUUUGAUCUGAUCCAACCGAACAAGCAGCUCCUCUGUGACCAUGACAUGCUCAGUUUUUGCUCCAUGUGGUGAAGAAGCAGACGCCUGACUACCAACUAAAGGUCCCUGCAAACCUGCUGUGCAGAAACAGAUGGCCACUGAAAUUUGAUGUCAACCAUUUUUUUCCCUGUACUCUUUGAGGGCUCUGUCGAUAUGUAGGUAGAGUCUGCUUGUUGUAAAUUACAGUCAGUUUUCUUGAAAAGGACAUUUACACUUUUUAAUUGACUGAAUCAGAGGCAGACAGAACAUGUGUGUGUGUCGCAGCAAAGUUUCCCAGUCAGAUUCAAACCAGGGACGUUGUGGUUUCAUUGUAGUGGUCCUAACCACCACAUCAUUAUGAUGCAGAGACAUUUUUUUUCUUCAUUUUGUCUCCUUCUUGAGUAUAUUUUAUAUGUUAUUCAUCCAUGUUUUUGAGUUCAAUAGUUUUAGUUGAGUUUAAUGGUUGAUUUGGAUCAAUCGACUGUAGUGUAAAUGAUUUUUUUAGAGCUGCAAUGAUUACUCGAGUAACUCGAAAAAUUCGAUUACAAAAAAUAAUUGAGGCAAAAUCUCUGCAUCGAGGCUUCAUUUAAUUGCCAUCACCUGUGUAUGUGGCCUGCUUAACUCAGGGAUCAUUUUUCCACACGGAUUGUUAUUGCAGACACACAUCACUAUGUGCAGAAUUGAGUUACCCCCCAUUUUUUCAGGAAUAAAAGCCAAUAGCCUGGUCUAUUUAAAAGGCCUGACAUUUUUGUUAUGCAUUAUUUGGUAUUGUUGUUUAAAAAUGCAAACUUUUUUAAAAUUAGAUUACUAAAUUUAUCAAUGGGAUAAUCGGUAGAAUACUUGAUUCUAAAAAUAUUCUAUAGCUGCAGCCCUAGAUUUUUUAUGCAUGGGUGUCAUUAAACUCUUGAACCUUGAAUAUAAGCUAUAGGUCGGAUUUGACAUGAACAUUAGGCUUUGUGUUUGUUUGUUUUUCUUAUGAGGACAUUUUUGUUUUUAAUUGAUUAUGGUUCAGAGGCAGACAGAAAGUGUGUGUGUGUCACAGAAAGGUUCCCCAGUCACAUUUAAACCAUUGUGGUACCUGAGUUUAGUUAUCGUCAAUUGGGAUUAAUGCACUGCAAUUUCAGUGAUGUUUUAGUUUUGGGUGUCUACACAUUAAACCUUGAGCCUUAAUUACAAGCUAUAGGUUUAAAAUGAGCGUUAGGCUUUUAAAUAACUUUUUUUCUUUCAUUUCCAAUGAUAAAACUUGUGAUAUGAGAAAUAGUGAGAGCUAGAUGAUUGUGAUUGUUUGUUUUAAUAUACACUGAUGAUUUUAAAUGCAUAGACAUAGACAGGUGAUGAGAAAAACCUGAUUAAAUGCGUGAAGAUAUGUGACAAAUACAGAUGCUAGGACUCAAAGGGUCAUUGGAUGUUUUUAUGAGAGUAAAAAGUAUGUGAAUCAACUGAACACCUGUAGGAAACAGUUCCAGACAUCCUUUAAAUUGUCACCAAUCUUUAUGUGAUUUACUGUUCAAUAAAGUGCUCU